CUCUCUCUCUCUCUCUCUCUCCCAGUUUUCCCUACUCCCGAUUCAUAAUCAUGAAUGAAUUCGAAGGGAUCUGUUUGCCCGUUUUAUUCUUUACAAUAUACACACCUGACCCAGAUUGCUAAUUUUUUUUUUCGGAAUGAAAAUUAGACGUGUAGGCCGUCUUCUUGUUUUAAAUUUGUGCCAAUUUGAUUAUGAUCUCCGCAGUUGAAGGUUUUAGUUCAUUUGGUCAAUUCUGGCUUUUAUCUGAAUAUGAUGACAUAACAGUUUUGCAAGGAAAAUUUUUCGUUUUUGCGAAUUCAUUACCAGCUGUCUGCACUAUAUUUGAGCUCUGGGAGGGCAUUUCACGGGCCGUGUGAUCACAUUCUUGUUUCUUCUUUUCAGUUUUGAGAAAGAAAAGCAUUUAGUUGCAAACAGCUCUUAUUUCUCAACUCGUUUAUCAGAUACGUUUUAAAAAUUUGUAAUCAUUUUAGAAACAGCAAUAUCAAGUUUUAUUUCUUGUUCCUCCAUUGUUUCAUCUUUUUCUUUUCUUUUUUACUUAUAAAAUGCCUAAUUGUAAAUAAUCAUAUAAAAUUUGGGUAUUUAAUCUUUUAAAAAAUAACUUUCAUAUUAGUUCAUAGAACAUGGGACAAGAAGUGGUCACCAAACCUCUUUCUACUUGUUUUUUAAAAUAAAAAAAGAAGUGCAAAAAGACAAGAACCAGUUACUAAAGCUAGUUCGAUUUCUCCUUUUUAAAAAAGAGUAAACAGAAACAACAGAUGAGAAACAUGAUUUGUGAAUCAAGAAGUAAGGGUGUUACCAGACGGGCUCUUGGUGACUUAGGCAUGUUCUUCUUGGGAUAAAAUUGAAAAUGUUUGUACUUGUAAUCUUUGAACACUCAUUUGGCAUGGUUUUAUGGCUUCCUCAUUGCUUCACAUUCCUAAGACAAAAAAUGAAGAGUACUGAAUCUUUUAAAGUUAUUUAUUUUAUUCAUAAGUUUUGCCCCAUUCUCAUUCUCGUUUGCUGAUUUCUAAAGCUCAAGCCAGGGUAUUAACUUGAACUCAAGAAGUUAAAUGAGAUAUGAUGUCUGAAGAUACUGGUCCGUUGUUGGUCGUGUAUGAUGAUCCUUCUGACCAACAGUCCUUGUCUUUAGACGAAACCGGCAGCACGGAGGAGUCACCUGAUGAAACCAGGCUGUCCCUGGAUUCAAGUAAUGAUGCAACUCCAUAUAUAGGGCAAAGAUUUCCUACUCAUGACUCUGCUUAUGAGUUUUAUAGUGAAUUUGCUAAGAGAUGUGGCUUCUCGAUCCGAAGACACCGAACAGAGGGAAAAGAUGGGAUUGGGAAAGGCCUCACAAGGCGGUAUUUUGUUUGCCAUCGUGCUGGUAGCACACCUAUUAAGACACCAAACGAAAAUAAGCCUCAGAGAAAUAGAAAAUCCUCUCGGUGUGGAUGUCAAGCUUAUAUGAGGAUAAGCAAAACAUUGGAACUAGGACCACCAGAGUGGCGUGUCACUGGUUUUGCAAACCACCAUAAUCAUGAACUAUUAGAACCAAACCAAGUCCGUUUCCUUCCAGCAUAUCGAACAAUUUCUGAGAUUGACAAGGGUCGAAUUCUUAUGUAUGCCAAAUCAGGAAUUUCUGUGCAGCAAAUGAUGAGGCUCAUGGAGCUGGAGAAAGGUGUAGAGCCAGGAUAUUUGCCAUUCACUGAGAAGGAUGUAAGAAAUCUACUUCAAUCAUUUAGAAAAUUAGAUCAUGAAGAAGAGAGCAUUGACUUAUUGCGGAUGUGCAGAAACAUUAAAGAGAAAGAUCCGAAUUUCAAAUUUGAGUAUGUGAUCGACUCAAACAACAGGUUAGAGAACAUUGCCUGGUCAUAUGCAUCAUCCAUUCAGGCAUAUGACACAUUUGGUGAUGCAGUGGUCUUCGAUACCACACAUCGAUUGACAGCAUUUGACAUGCCACUUGGGAUAUGGGUUGGAAUUAAUAACUAUGGCAUGCCUUGCUUCUUAAGUUGUGUACUUCUUCGGGAGGAGAAUUUGAGAUCGAUUACAUGGGCUUUGAAGGCAUUCAUGGGAUUCAUGAAUGGGAAAGCUCCACAGACAAUAUUAACGGACCAGAAUGUGUGUCUCAAAGAUGCAAUAGCGAUGGAACUGCCUACUACUAAGCAUGCACUUUGUAUUUGGAUGAUUGUGGCAAAGUUUCCAUCAUGGUUUAAUGCUAUUCUUGGAGAACGUUACAAUGAGUGGAAAAGUGAAUUCUGUCGACUCUAUAAUCUGGAGUCAAUUGAGGAUUUUGAGAUAGGGUGGAGGGACAUGGUAAAUUCCUUUGGUCUGCAUACUAAUAGGCACAUUGCCAACUUGUACAGUUUGCGAUCUCUUUGGGCAUUACCAUUCUUGAGAAGCCAUUUCUUUGCUGGAAUGGCAACUAUUGGCCAGUCAAAAGCAAUCAAUGCUUUUAUUCAGCGAUUUUUAAGUGCACAGACCCGACUUGCUCAGUUUAUUGAACAGGUAGCUGUUGUUGUGGAUUUCAAAGACCAAGCUGGAGAACAACAAACAAUGCAACAAAAUCUUCAAAAUAUCAGCCUCAAAACAGGCGCUCCAAUGGAAUCGCAUGCUGCCACCAUCCUUACUCCUUUUGCCUUCUCGAAGCUCCAAGAACAACUAGUGUUGGCAGCCCAUUAUGCAUCUUUUCAAAUGGAUGAUGGAUUUCUUGUGAGACAUCAUACGAAAACUGAUGGAGGUCGGAAGGUGUAUUGGGUACCUCGGGAAGGCAUCAUAAGUUGCAGCUGCCACCAGUUUGAGUUCUCAGGAAUUCUUUGCCGUCACGCUCUUCGAGUCCUAUCGACUGGGAACUGUUUCCAGAUACCCGAUAGCUAUCUUCCCAUACGAUGGAGAAGGAUAAGCAUGCCCUCAGCGAAGCUUCUUCCAAGUACUACAAACGAUCAUGCUGAAAGGAUUCAGUUGUUGCAAAGCAUGGUGACAAAUCUUGUUACUGAAUCUGCAAAAUCCCGGGAGAGGCUUGAUAUCGCAACUGAACAAGUGUCUCUCCUCUUAUCCCGUGUUAGGGAACAUCCCACGUCAUUGCCAGGUUCAAGGGAUGUUUCUACCAUACACAGGAACUUGUAACUUAUGUUGUAAACAAAAAUUAGGAAAUUGAGUUAAGGGAACAUUCUGCAUGGAGCGAGCCCAAUUUCGAUUGCUGAUCUGGUUCAGAGAGAGAAUUAGGUAAAAGAGUGAUCAUUUCAAAGGCCAAAGAGCUUAGUUUCAUAUCUCAUUAGGCGUAGAAUAUAUAUAUAUUGAUGUUACAAAUGAAAAAGGUGUCGUGUUAUAAAUACUUGCUUGAGAAGGAUUAUUAACCUUCUCCACAAUUCUGUAAUGUAAAAUAGUUGACCUAAGCGUGCUCUCCUGUGUAUGCAUUUCCUUCGGUUCUAAUUCUUAAUUUACAAAUUUGCCUCA